AUGGAGCUGCUACAGAACGCAUUCAUGGCGAUGUUUCUUGGCUUACUGUAUUUUCAUACCAAACUCAAUCAGAUUCAAACAUAUAUGCCUAACGAAUUUCUGCUCUUAGUUAGAGAGUAUCACGAUGGCAACUAUCUAGUGCUCGCAUACCAAUUAGCUAAGAUUGGUCCGAUAUUCGGUUUGCUUAGUUUGUUAUCAUUUGAACGGAAUUUUACGAAUUCUUUCUUCACGAUUAUUCAGUGA